UGCAUUAAAGCUGAUAUUAUCGAACCUCUGCGACUCCUAACCACUCUUUCUAGAACACAGAUUUGUGUUUUUGAAUACUAUCAUUACAUAUGGGAAUAGACAAAACUAAUUUAAGUCCUUCAGAACAUACGACAGACGACACAGUGCAUCUUAGUUCCAUAAAAAUAAAUCGCUUCCGUUUGAGCUCGUAGCUCUACUUUGCUGCCAUCUUCACUUCAGUGUCGCGCGCCAGUUGUAAACAAAUUUAGAGAUUAGAGAAUUACAAUUUGACAACCACUCGUCACUCACUAGUCAACUCUUGAUUGGCCAACGGUGCCCCCCACGAGCUGCAAAGUUAUUAAUGCAUUCAGCAGAUGCAGGAUGUUAAGUUUUACAAUGCGAUUUUUUCCCCAAUGCUUUUCAGUGGCCCGAUCGGGACAGAGUGGCUAGUUUAACUGUCCCGACGUUACUUUUUACUGGCCCCGGGCCAUCGUUAGUCGAGCCCUGGUUUGAUAUUCAUAUUUUUGCAUGAAGCGGGAACCUACCACCCCACCCCUCGAUGUUACAUCAUAUAAAUCCCCGCGCUCCUGAGAACCUGGGAUAUUCUGUAGACCUGCUGCAUCCUGUGGUAGACAACUCGAGUGUCCUGCUAACAGACGGAAGAUGCCGAUUAAUGUCUGUAUUUGUCUAAUACUGAGUUGACUUCCGUAAAAUUUGAUGACCACAACUGACAAAUUCCAUGAUUUUUAAACGGGAAUCUAAUACUGAAACGUAUGUCAGGCCAAGUGCCAUGACGCAUUUCAUUUGAAAUGUCAGAAUUUCGCAACCAAAGUCGGGCCACUGCUCGUGGCAGUGACUAUGUUUGGCAGUAUGAAUAUUAUGAUGACGAUGAGCCUGUGUCUUUUGAGGGUCUCAAAGCUCAUCGAUACUCUAUCGUCAUUGGCUUCUGGGUGGGCCUGGCUGUGUUUGUCAUCUUCAUGUUCUUUGUUCUCACUCUGCUGACCAAGACAGGAGCCCCACAUCAAGAGAACCUAGAUCCCUGUGAAAAACGUCACCGUCUAGGUACCUGCGUGGUGGAUAUUAAUUGCCCCCAGGAUACAUCCGACAAGGCCUUUUCUCGCCCCCUGCUGGAAGAGUCACGCUCCUUCUUCCACUUUUACAUCAGUGAGGAGGAGCAGCAGGGGCGGGGCCAUGUAGCUGGGAUUGAUCAGGCAGAGAGGCCACAGGCACGAGGGAGGCUGGCUGUACUCAGCACCUGCGGCGUAGAGGAGGAUGACGAGGAGGAGCUAGCCAUGACAGGCGAGGAUGCUGCAGGGCUCUGCCUCAGGGGGCUGCCUAAAGACGGCAAGGGGGACGGGGGAAAAGACUUCCUGUCCCAUUUCAACAUCCCCAACUUUGUGAACUCGGAGCACAGCUCCACCUUGGGGGAUGAUGACCUGCUGCUUUGUGAGCCCCCAAACAUCCUAGACAGUCAAUCCCAAACUCAGGAUGCCCGCCAUAUCAUCAGCUGAGGCAUGGCCACCAACAACACCUGCUUUAUCCAUGUGACAAGAGAAAUUCCCAGAAUACAUGUGUCAGUUCAGUUUUUCCUUGUCUUAUAUGUUAUUGUGUGCAACUCUCUUCGCCAUUAGGCUACAUGGCAUUAAGCUAAUGGCUAACAGCAGUGUAUCCCACACAAAGACCAACUUUUGGCGGGGCGCCACAGAAUCAACACUGACCGCCACAUAUUGCGUUUCGUAAAAAUAAAAGUUUUAACGCUAUCUA